AAGGAGGGAGGGAGGGAGGAACAAAGGAACGAAGGAGAAUCAAGGAGGAGAAAUGACUCCCCAAGACAGCACAAGUAGUAAAGAGGUAGAGGUGGCAUUUGAAUCCAGGUCAGCCAGCUUCAGAGCCUGUCAACAGAGCAUCUUCACAGAGCCAGGUUUAUGAUCUAGAGCCUCUUGGUGGUACAAACGGUUAACACAUGCUACAACUGAAAGAUUUGCAGUAUGAAUGCACCUUGGAAGAAAGACCUGGCAAUCUUCUUCCAAAAGGUCACAGCCUUGAAAACACUGUGGAACUCAGUUUUGCCCUGACUCACAUGGGGUUGCCAUGAGUUGGAAUCAGCUCAGAGGCAACUGGUUUAACUGGGUGCCUCUGAAACCAGAAUGUCAACAAAUUUUGUCUUUCCUUAGAUGGAGAGGUCCCUGGACUUGGCCAACGUGACCAGAGUCCAGGAGUUUAUCCUGUUGGGUUUGUCCACAAGACCAGACUUAAGGAAUGCCCUGUUUGCCGUCUUCCUGACCCUAUACCUGCUGACCCUCUUGGAGAACACUCUCAUCAUCUACCUCAUCUGCAGUCACAGUGAGCUCCACAGGCCCAUGUACUUCUUCCUGGGCAACCUGAGCUGCCUGGAGAUGUGCUACGUGUCAGUGACCAUGCCCAGCUUGCUUGUGGGACUGUGGACUGGACCCUACCGUAUUUCCUUCACAGCCUGCAUGACCCAACUCUUCUUCUUCAUUGUCCUAAUUUGCACUGAGUGCACUCUCUUGGCUUCUAUGGCCUAUGACCGUUACUUGGCCAUCUGUCUCCCACUCCACUAUCCACUGCUCAUGCGACCCCAGGUAUGCCUGGGCUUGGCCUUGUCCUCAUGGCUUGGUGGUGUUCUGGUUUCAGUGGCCAAGACCACGUGCAUUGCCAGCCUCUCCUACUGUGGCCCCAAUGUCCUCAACCAAUUUUUCUGUGAUGUCUCCCCUUUACUCAACCUGUCCUGCACCCACGUGGCCCUGACGGAGCUGGUGAACUUCAUCUCUGCCAUUGUCAUCUUUUGUGGUACACUGCUAGUAGCCUUGGCCUCGUAUUCAGACAUUGGGGUGGCCGUGCUCCUCAUGCCAUCAGCCGCAGCCUGCCGUAAAGCUUUCUCUACCUGUGCCUCCCAUCUGGUUGUGGUGGGCAUCUUCUACUCAGCCGCCCUCUUCAUCUAUUGCCGUCCCAGCCGUAUCAAGUCCAUGGACCUCAACAAGGUGCUGUCGGUCACCUACACGGUGGUCACACCCAUGUGCAACCCAAUCAUCUACUGCCUGCGGAACAAGGAGGUCCAUGCAGUGCUGAGAAAAACUCUCCAUCUGCCUCAAUGCUAGUUUUGGAAAGCUUGAUCUCUCAACUCCUCAUAAGAAGUCCUUCAUGACCCCAAACACCAUAAAUAACCUUGAAAGACAAAAGUAAAACUAGGGGAAAAUUUUUGCCACCUAAUAUACAAUGAAGGAACUCUGGUGGUAAAAACAGUUAAGUUCUCAAC